GUGAAUGAGAUGAGCCAACAGGAUAGUCGGGUGAAUACUCACUCUUGACUGACUACAAUCCCAUAUACAAGCUAAAGUACAGGCAUGGCGAAUAAAUCAAUCUAUGAUUUCUCUGCUGAGACCCUGGAUGGACAGCUGGUUCCGCUCAGUAACUACAGGGGUAAAGUGCUUCUCAUCAUCAAUGUUGCCACCUUCUGAGGGUCAACAAUAGAGGAGUACCACCGAAUGAAUACACUCAUGGAAAUGUUUGGCGACCUCAACUUCACUGUCCUAGGAUUCCCCAGCAACCAAUUUGGUCUUCAGUCACCUGAAGUGAAUCAUGAAACCCUCAAUGUUCUGAAGUAUGUGAGACCUGGUGGCGGGUUUGUGCCAAAGUUUCCUGUCUUUGGAAAGAUUGAGGUGAAUGGAUUAAAUGAAGAGCCUCUUUUCGCCUAUCUAAAGGAAUCUUUGCCAUUUGUGAACCCUGUAAUUGGAGAUAUGAAGAAAUUCUACUGGUCCCCAAUCAAAGUAAAUGAUAUUCGAUGGAAUUUUGAGAAGUUUCUAAUUACUGCAGAUGGCAUGCCCUUCAAAAGAUAUGAACUUCACUGCCCCAUUGAGAAUGUGGAGAAGGACAUAGCAGAACUUCUCUAAUGGAUUUUCUUCAAUUUAUCACCGGUGGCAGAGUGACGAUCCCCCAGUAAAUGCACCCGUGCACCUGAGAUGGAUCUGAUGGGAAGAGGAACAGGCCUCAGGGCUUUAGUGCAUUCACUCUGAGAACAAGUUUCCUUCAGCCACUGGAGGGGUUUUCAUGACUAUGUUACACUUUUCUCUAAUAUGAUAGUGUCUGUUACUCAAAAAUGAAUACACAUGAAUAAAACACUAUGAUACACAUUU